AUGCCACUCUACCUAGCAAGCAGGAACCUCUCAUCCAGCAAUUUGGCCGGGAAUAUACUUACUUCAUUUUCGGGUCUCAAAUCUUUACAAAAUCUGGAUUUAUCAUACAACAACUUGACUGGACCAGUACCAGAAUUUUUUGCAGACUUGCCAUCUUUAACAACCCUUAACUUAACGGGGAACAACCUAACAGGUUCGGUUCCACAGGCUGUUAUGGAUAAGUUGAAGGAUGGAACUCUGAGUCUUGGCGAAAAUCCAAGUCUUUGUCAGUCAGCCUCGUGCCAAGGAAAGGAGAAGAAGAAGAGCAGGUUCCUUGUUCCUGUUCUCAUAGCCAUUCCGAAUGUAAUUGUGAUCCUGAUCCUCAUAACUGCCCUUGCAAUGAUCAUCCGGAAGUUCAGAAGGAGAGAAACCAAAGAGAAGUCAGGGAAUUCCGAGUUCACUUACUCUGAGGUAGUGAGUAUCACCAAUAACUUUAGUCAGACCAUCGGUAGAGGAGGAUUCGGACAAGUUUUUCUAGGCACUUUGGCAGAUGGCACUCAGGUUGCCGUCAAGGUGCAUUCUGAAUCAUCAAUACAAGAAGCUAAGGCAUUACAAGCUGAGGUGAAACUCUUGACGAGAGUUCAUCAUAAAAACUUGGUUCGUCUAAUUGGGUACUGUGAUGACGGUACAAACAUGGUUCUCAUUUAUGAAUACAUGUCCAAUGGAAACCUGCAACAGAAGUUAUCAGGGAGAGAAGCCGCAGAUGUUUUGAAUUGGGAAGAGAGACUUCAAAUUGCAGUAGAUGCAGCACAUGGAUUGGAGUAUCUACACAAUGGCUGUAAGCCACCAAUAGUCCACAGAGACAUGAAAUCUUCCAACAUUCUAUUAACUGAAACACUGGAAGCGAAGAUAGCUGAUUUUGGGAUGUCCAGAGAUCUUGAAAGUGGUGCUCUCUUAUCAACUGACCCAGUAGGCACACCUGGAUAUCUUGAUCCUGAAUACCAGUCAGCGGGUUUGAAUAAGAAGAGCGAUGUUUAUAGCUUUGGGAUUGUUUUGUUGGAGCUACUCACCGGCCGGCCUGCAAUAAUCCCUGGGGGCAUUUAUAUAGUUGUAUGGGUUAGUCAUAUGAUUGAAAGAGGGGAUAUUGAAAGCAUUGUUGAUCGAAGGUUACAAGGAGAGUUCAACACCAAUUCUGCCUGGAAAGCAGUAGAGAUAGCCUUAGCAUGUGUAGCAUCAACAGGAAUGCAAAGGCCAGACAUGAGUCAUGUAGUGGUAGACUUGAAGGAAUGUUUGGAGACAGGGGUGGCUUCCAGGAGAAUUAAGAUGGUAGGUAGCCAUCUAGAAGAUGUUCCCGUGGUUCUUAGCACUGAAUCGGCUCCCCAUGCUAGGUAGUUGUUGGACGCUACUAUUUUCAGUUAGUGAGAUAGAUUUGCUUAAUGUUAGCAUGUGGGAAUAUGUUCAACCCCCUUUAUUUCGAAUUGUAUUCAUCAAAAAUUCUAUAUUG